GGCCCCGUUGCAGGGCGGUGCGUUCUUAAGAUGACCUUAGCUCACCCGUCUUGACAUUUCUCAGCCUUGCUUGUGUUCAACCUCAGCUCUUUUAUUGCUUUUCCUGUGUCAGUAUUGUAUGCGUAGUAUGUUCACCCCACCCCCCGCUCCCACCUUUAACUGCCUUCCUCUCUAUAUGUGUGCUCUACUCUCUUUACCUCUCUCUCUCUUUCCCUCUCUCUGCUCCCCCCUCUUUUUUUGCGCUAUCAUUUUCAUUUCAAAUAGGCUCUGGUCUGUCCCUCCCAUUUAAUCCCUCCCUCCUCUUCAUUUCUCUGCUUCACUUCCCCCUGCUCAUUCCCAGGUGUCCCAUAUGUAGCCUUCUUUUCGGGAUACCAGAAACUGGCAAGUACUACAGAAAACACAUGACUGACAGAAACAACAACUGCAGAAAUGGCCUCUCUGUUGCCAAGGAGAAGCUCAUUGAUGCUAUAAAAAGGAUCCAACAUGAGUUGGACGAGUGCAGAGAGGAAGAGUGUGAGAUGUACAUACAGUCCGUUGGAGUAGAGAACUGCUUUGAUGUUUUGGAGCGGGAGGUGCGGUCCGAGUUCCAGAACCUCCACCGUUUCCUGGAUGAGGAGGAGUGCCUGGACCUGGAGCGCCUCAGGAAGGCGCGGCAGAAGCAGGUGAAGCAGCUGAGGGGGAGAGAGAGGAAGAUCGCAGAGCAAGGGAAGGACCUGGAGAGAGCCGUCACGACGCUCAACAGCAAGCUGGCCGAGGAGGACAGUCCUAAGCUGCUCAAAGAAAUUAAAGACCUCAUAAAAAGGUCCAUGGUAAGCUUCGUCCCCCCACGAGAGGUAGAGACCGAGGUCCGAGCAGGUCAAUUUGUGGGCCCUAUCCAAUACAGAAUAUGGAAGCACAUGAAAAGCUGCCUCUAUCCAAACAUCACGGCCGUCACCUUUGACCCCGACACCGCCCACCCCUUGCUGACCGUCUCCCCGUCCCGCGCCUCCAUGUGGUACGAGGAGGACAAGGACGUGGCGGGGUGCCCGGCCAACCCGCGGCGCUUCCACUACUACUACUGCGUGUUCGGCCAGCAGAGCUUCAGCGCGGGCCGCCACUACUGGGAGGUGGAGGUGGGCCGCAAGACCUCCUGGAGGCUGGGCGUCGCCCGCGACGACGUCCCCCGCGGGGAGAUGGCCCACAGCGGCACCCUGAGCGGCAUUUGGACGCUGGCGCUGAAGAGCGGCACGCUGGUGGCGUGCACCGACCCGGAGCCCACGGGCAUCGUCCUGUCCAGCCACCUGCUGCGCAUCGGCGUGUUCCUGGACUGUGAGCAGCGCGAGCUGUCCUUCUACAACGCCGACAGCAUGGCGCCGCUCUACACCUUCUCCCUGGGGACGGUGGCGGCGCCGCUGGUGCCCUUCUUUAACCCGUGUGACUCGGACGACGGGAGGAACACCGCGCCACUCGCCAUCUUCAGCCCCUCCCUGUGAGGGGGGGGGGAGGAUGUAAAGGAUGGUGAAGAUGAUGACGAUGAAGUUGAGGAGGAUCAUUUUAAUAGCGAUGAUAGUGAUGAUGACGAUGAUGACGAUGAUGAUGAUGACAGUGCUGAUUAUGAUGAUAACAAUGAUGACAGGAAAGGUUUUGGACAUACUUAAAAUGUACUUCAUCAUAGAAAGAGGGUAGUUGACACGACCCUUUAUCACACACAACUAUUGAAUCUAGAAGCAUCUGCUAGGGAUCUAGAAAGGCCAAAAGCUGCUCCAUAGCUUCAAAGAGAUGGUUAACGGUGCUAUGAUGUUACUUAUCUAUUAAUAUUUCCGUCACAGUCUUGUGACAUGGCCUGGUGUGACUAAAGCGUGACUAUGGAAGCUAUGCAAGAGAUGACAGCGGCUUGGGGGAGGGGGUAGGCUGAGGGGAAUGUGCUGCCCCCAGGGGGGGGGGGGUCGCUGGCUUGGUGACAUGGGGGUUGUGGUGUCACUCAAACAGUGCGCCUGCUGUGAAUGAAGGACUCCUCACCUCCGCUACGACUGGGUGACAGGUGGUAAUGAGCAGGGAUCCCGGCAACCCACCAAUGAGUCACACCACAACACCACAAUAAGAGUCACUGUUGUAGUCACAAUGAUGUACCGACACACAGGGACGACAUCACAGCCGGCGUUGUAAUUCUUUGCUUUUAUUCUUUGUAACUUCUUAGACAUGAAAUAAAGACAUAAAGUGUUUCCUUUUACAAAAAAAAAAAGAAGAAAAAAAACACAUCUGUGUGUGACUGUGUGAUGUGUGUGUGGCAUUGUGCAAAGUCGAGACGAUACAAGGAGAAACGCGUGUUACCCCACACACCCAGGCCGGGAUAGCGGAGAGAAGUACACUCGACAGGAAAGGUUUCUAGUGGUGGGUAAACUGAGUUGGGUGGGCAUUGCACCACCAACCUUCUGAAACACAUUAGCUUUAGCACAUAAGAGGUUGAGAUGCCCUGUUAUUUGAGCAAACCAAAUCCCUCUCACACAUUUCGGAUCGUCCGUUGUGCAGUUGUCAGUGAACAGGACACUUCCAACCCAAAGCCUAAACAUGCAGUACUUGCUAUUGUAAACUUGCUUCUUAAACAGUAUCACUAAAUGUAUUGAAGGAUGAUUGAUUGAAUGAUUGAUGACACCUUUAUCAAUGCUUAGAAAACACUCAAACUGUUACUUUAAUUCUUUGUUGUUAGCAUUGAGAAAAGCCUGGCAGGCUUAUCAAAUUUUUAGAUUGUAAUCAUCGUCUUUAAAAGUCCUCAACCACUACUGUAUUUCUGGGUAUUUCCAUUGUAUUUACACAGCACAUUUAAUAUUUUGUAUGUAUUAGUAGUAAAUAUUUGUAUAUUUAUUUAUUUAUUAGAUAGACAGCAAAACAGAUCAUUCAAGGUUGCAGAUUGAAUUUGUAAAAUCUGCCCAAAUUGUGAAUACCCCAUCUUACAUGUAGAAAAAAGUACAGUUUGAAGUGACUAUGAACAGAAUGCAGGCCAACUAGUCUAUUUUUUAGGCACUAAAAACAAGACAACAUCUCUCAAAGGAACUCAGAGAUCACGAUGUUACAAAUCCUUUUUUGUCAAUUUAAAUGCCUUCAUACACAAUGUUGUUCACAUUGCAGAACAUAAUAGGCAGACAUUUGUAAGCUAUACUCACAAUAUCAAGGAAUGGAUACAUAUAUAACCUUUGUCUCAUUUUUACACAUUCGAUAUUCAACACAAAUAUAAAGCUAGUAAUCAACACAGCAGUGACAACAGACCCAGACACGCAUGCAUACAUACACACACACACACACACACACACAAACACACACACACACACACACACACACACACACACACACACACACACACACACACACACACACACACACACACACACACACACACACACAAA